CUGGGGCUUGGUCUUGAAGUUUUCAGAUGCAUCUGUAGAUGAAUCAUAACAGCAUCAAGAUGUCGGGACGAUCAGGCCGUGCAGAGACCCGAAGUCGGGCUAAAGAUGACAUUAAAAAGGUCCUGGCAGCCAUCGAGAAGGUGCGCAAAUGGGAGAAGAAAUGGGUGACAGUCGGAGACACAUCUUUACGUAUAUUCAAGUGGGUGCCAGUAACAGAAACAAAGCAGAUAUAUAGGACCAAAUCUACAGGUGGAGAUGCUCGAGGACUGAAAGAUGUGGUCCUGGAAAAUACCAACUCUUUACUGGAUUUCACUGAUGAAAACAGCAACCAGAGCUUUUUGUCGGACGUUUACCAGCCUAAAAUGGAUAACAGCAGCAGCACUUCCAGCUCGCAGCAGGUCAGCCCUCCACACACCUCCAGCCUCCGAACUGAAGACUCUCAGCCACCCAUGCUGGGCCAGGAGAGUGUAGAUGAGCCAGUACAUUCAGGACAGGAGGGGGCUGAUGAGCCUCCCACUCUCAUCAAGGAAGACCUUCUUUCAUCAGGAGCCAUCAGACGGAAGACCCCAGACACACAGGAGGAAUUGGAUGAAACAGGAGCACCCCCUUUAAAGAAGAUAUGCACAGGAGAAAAUACUGUUCUGAGAUAGCUCAUUUAGAAUAAUGUUGUCAAAAUGCACAUGAUACCUUUCCUCUGUCAGAUUAGCCACGCCUUCUAAAUGAUUCUAAAAUUCUCUUGACAUAUUUUCCGCAAAUAUUACAUUCAAUCAAAUGAAAAAAAAGAUUUCCUGCGAAAUCCUUGUUUACUUUUAAAGGUCUCUAAAGUAUGCCGUUUUCAAUAAUUUCAGAAAUGAAUGGAGACGAUUUUCCGAACUUUGUGUGGCAAGUGACUGCCACUGAAAGCAUAUGUUUUAAAAUUCUUAAUUCACAUGCUUUUGUGGCAACUAACUCUUUUCUCAGUUUCUCUUUAUGCAGCUGAACCUCACUUUUGCAUGUUUCAAAUUCAUAUUGCUUUGUUGUUUAGGUUUACAUGCCAUUUUGAAAAUGUAUUAAAUGUGUAGCUUUAGAUUGAUGUUUAGAUGUGCCAUUUUGUAUUAAAUACAACAUCCUUUCUUAAACGGAUAUUUGUUGGCUUAAAACAUGCAAGAAAAAUGCUUUCUUAAUAUUUAUGAUAUAAUUUGCCCAUGUUUAUAACUGAAGCAGUUGUAAACCAUAAUAAAUGCUACUUUCCAAUGAA